AUGGGUUCGGAAGUUGAGGGUAAUUGGGAUAUAAUAAUAACAUCGUUGCAAGAUAUAUGUACAUCAAAUGAGAGCUUAUCAUUUGACUCAAUACAUAAACUCGAUAGGGAUCAGGAUGAACUGCAAUACUACAAAAACCUUUCCCUGGAUGAGCUUACCAAAUUGAAACAAGAUAUAAUCGACCACAAGUCAAAUAUAGGUACAGCGAAACGACUUAUUGAUACAUCGAUGGAAAAUUUGUCACGAUUGAUUGAGUAUUUACAAAAAGAAGACUUGAAAAAGAAACAUCAAAAGGAAAAGGAACAUGAACGUGAGGCUAAAAGCAGUACUAAAAAAGAGGAUGUUGAUGAUGGUGUUGAUGAUUAUGAUGAUGAAAAUGACGCUGAAGAUGACGAGGAAGAUGAAGUGCCCAUUGCGUCAACCAAGAAACGAAGAGCUUCAUCUGCCUCGUCCAAAUCGGGAACACCAAUACCACCAAUACAUCACCGAAGGGGAACUAGUGAGUCUACCAAACCAACCUCAACAUCAAAAGCAACAUCGAAAGCAACGUCUAAAAAAUCAGGUAAAGCCAGUGGAGGCAAAGGCUCAGUUGGCUCAUCUUCUGGUGCUAUUGGAAAGGGCAAAAAGCUAAAGAAAGUUGGUCGAUCAUAUUGGACAUCAAAAUACAAUCCAUCGGAACCCAUCUAUAUCGGAAGCGAAGUUGCAUUCAAACUUCGUAAUCGGAUCAAUGAAUGGAUUCAAUGUGAAGUGGUCAAGAUUAUUGGCGAUGGCAUAAAAUUUGAAAUUAGAGAUCCUGAACCUGAUGAAAAUAACAAUCCUGGACAUACUUUCCGAGCCAAUUAUAAGGAAAUUUUAUUAAUUCCGACCGAAGAAGCUGCUCGUGAUUUGAUUAAUUAUGCUUAUGGUACCAAAGUACUUGCAAGGUAUCCUGAUACUACUACUUACUAUCUGGCUAUUGUUGUGGGGCAUAAAAAAGAUGGUAUUGUGAGAUUGAAGUUUGAUGGAGAAGAGGAAGUAAAUAAGGAAUGUGAGGUUGAAAGAAGGUUUGUAUUGCCACUACCGCUGAAGUAA